AUGACUUCUCGCGCCACCUACAACCAUUCACCCAGAUCUGUGCCUCGGCGCCGUGGUCCUCGUGGGCACAACACCAUCAUCAAGCCAGACCCUGAAUCUUCAGGCGACACUUCUUCUUUCCAAGAAUCUGUAACUCUCAACUACAAUCACAACGGCCACAACAGUCACAAUACUGCUACUUCCGCUGCUUCGAGCUACGGAGGUAGCACCAACCACAUCCCGCCCGACCAGGCCUUUUAUCACCACGGCAGAUCAGAUGCACCAACACCCAGUGAACGCAUCACUGAGCCUGAGCCACUAUUAAGAGAACUCAGGAUGCGGCCCAACGCUGCAGCUGAGAGUCCCACCGGCCUGAUUCCUGCUGAUGGAAGCUUCUUUCAGAACUCCUUCCAGGAUAUCGGCAAAGAACUCAAGGCCUGCAACGACACCCUCGGCGAACUUCAGCAGCUUGGUGUUUCUCACGAUGUUCCACUUCCUGAGCUUGUUCUUGUUGGUGAUCAGUCAGCAGGCAAAUCUAGUCUCAUGUCAGGUCUCGCAAAUCUAGAGCUCCCACGCAGCGAAGGCACAUGCACCCGCUGCCCACUUCACAUUCGUGUCUCUCGAAGUCAUGACCCAUCCUGUCGUGUAUGGCUGCGCAAGGAAUAUACUUAUGAUCCUCCAGCCAGUGGUCGAAUUUCUGAAAGUGAUGUCACUAACAACGACCCCUUCUUCCCCUGGCGCAAGCUACCAGCGACCAUCAUCCAUGAGUUCAAGACUAUGAUCGAUCAUAGUGAGAUCGAGGAUGUUCUACGAUGGGCUCAGAUCGCUAUUCUCAACGACAACAGGAGCCCUGAACUAUUUGUCCCCGGUUCUGGUAACAUCGCUCUUAACAUCCCCAUCGAUAGAGCUGCAGAUAGUGUUGCAGCAAAGUUUUCGCCAAACAUCGUCGCGCUUGAGAUCAAAGGCCCUGAGCUCCCAGAUUUGUCAUUUUACGACAUGCCUGGCAUCUUCCAGAAUCCUGCCGAUGCGAGCGACGACUAUCUCGUCAGUGUUGUGAGAAACCUUUCCAAGGAGUACAUUCAGCACCCCUCAGCCAUCAUCAUGUGUUCGAUGCCAAUGAACAGCGACGCAGAGAACUCGUCUACUUUUGGCUUAGUCCGCAGGCUCGGUGCCCUUAACAGGACAAUCGGCGUCCUGACCAAGGCCGAUCUCAUCCCGGAGGGUGGAAACCAUGAGCAGUGGCUAGCAAUCAUGAGAGCGCAGGCUCAUAUCACCGGGCUGGGUUAUUUUAUCACAUCCAGACCUCAAGGGAAAGACCUUGACGAGCUCAAGCAAUGGGAAGAGCUUGUUUUCGUGGACCACUCCCUAGAAAGAUGGCCAGCUACCUUCCAUGGUUUUUCAGAUCGAUGUGGUGUUGAGAAGCUGAAGGCCUUUCUCUCCGAAAAGCUCGGACAAGAGUUUGCAAAGAGUCUUCCUCAUAUCAAGCAAAAGCUUAAGCAACGUCAACACAGUAUCGAUGAGCAGUUAAACACGCUGCCUGAACUACCCUCUAACGUCGAACUUGAGGUCCAGACCAGUGUCAUGGAGUUUGGCGAGCUAGCUCGAUCUCAACUGAAGCCCUCGGAGUUCUCCAAGUAUUUCGUCCCAUUACCAGACAACUUCCGCGACUGCCUUCUAGACAUGAAGCCCAAGUUCACACUCAGGGAUGCGAGUGACAUUCCUGUCGUGGAUAUCUCCGACGACGAAUCGGAUGCAGGAUCAGUCGCUACUGUUACCAACCCACAUACGCCUAGCAAGCGGCGAGCGAUGGCGCCGCCUAUCACUCCUUCAAAGCGUGUUCGAAUGGAGCAAACGCCAAUGGGAACACCUUCUCAUUCUCAGCUAAGGCCCGAAGAGAGCAGAGCAGGGAGUGUGGCACGCUCUUCCCCCGCUCCGCGUCGACAACAGUUUCCCGCCCCUUUUACCCCUUUCAGUACAGUUGGACGAGGAUUUCGUACACUCCGUCAAGUCAGGGAUGAGAUAAAGUCCAAGACCAGAGCCGGUGUACCAGAUAUCAUUACAGAAGAAGUGUACAAUGACAUGUGUCGUGAAUCCAUCGAGCCCUGGGCGGGUCCGAUGAAAGCGUUUCUCAACCAAGUCAUGAACUUGUUGAGCGAAAUGCUUGAGAAGGCCCUGUCCACGUCGUUUGCUCGACUCAACAAGAGGUUGAUUUAUCGGGAGUGUAAGAAAAUACUGUCAGAAUACCUGGAGGAGCGGCGCCGUGAGACGAUUGGUGCACUCGAUCUUGUAUACCGCCUGGAAACAUAUGGUCUUUUCACUGUGAACCAGGAAGCGUUUCGCAGAUAUCAAAAGGACGAGCAGAUUCUCUUGACACGAUAUCGUCACCAGAUGCGAAUGCAGGCGGCAGGAUACGGAGAUGGUCGGCCUCCUAUCCCAUGGGAGAGUCUCACAGAGGAAAAGCGUGCAGCGGACGAGAAGCGACGAGAAUCUGAGCUGACCAAGCUUGGGCCGGAUUCUUUCCAGCGUGAGCUCGAAGUGGUAGCUUAUGUUAGGGGCUACUACCGCCUCGCAGCAUUGAGGUUCGCGGACGCAAUAGCGUUACACAUCACAAACGGCAUGAUACCGCACAUUCAGAGGAACCUGCCUUACCAUCUCGAUCGCAAGCUGGGCCUUGCUGGAACUGACGCCAAGAGUGUCUAUGAGAGACUCAUGGAGGAGGACCCGACUACUGCUGCCAAACGAGGUACACUCAGAGCAGAGCGAGAGAAGUUUGCCAGAGCUUUAGAGAGUAUCGAGGAACUGGAGCGCGGAUCUGGCAGCAGCACCAUCUCAGAGCGAGAGGAGGAGGAGGAGCAUGAAGAUGACGAUAUGGUUGAUGCUACUUUAAUGAGUGGUGCACUUCCGGUUGAGGAAGUUUAA